CCGGCGCCUCCACCCUUCCCGCCCGUGAUUGCUUCAUUCAGUUGACAAUCACCAGUAAGAUUACAUCAUACUCAAAAUACGGACUGCUAAUUAGUCAACUGGGCUAAUGAGGCGGUGCUUGUGGGCUUUCAAUCCGUCGAUGCAAUGCUGAGGUCAAAAAACAAAAAUAAAGUCCGAGAGAAGCCGAGGCCUAGUGGCAGGUGACUCAGGUUGAGCCAGCAGCACUCCACCCUUUGAGGUUGUGAGGAUCUAUAGAUCGGGGCACGUCGCUCCCAAUCUUGGAAGGAUCGCUGAGAAGAGGAGCCAGUCCAUCAGGGGGUCAUUGAGACAAAUGAGCACGCAGUCUGUCAUUUCCACUUUCCUUCAAGAGAGCGCUGGUCAGAAUGGAGUGAGCGGAGCAUCUCUCCAGAACGCCGGUGCCAGAGGCAUCAGUGCCCACCAAGUGCCACCGGUCAACCCACUCACUCCCACGGGGGGUGACAAGGCUAUGGCGCCCAGCAAACAGAGCAAGAAGAACGGGGGUCACAACAAGGAGAGUGACGAGUACCGGCAGCGGAGAGCCCGCAACAACCUGGCAGUCAGGAAGAGCAGGUUAAAGAGCAAACAGAAGGCACGCGACACGCAGCAGAGAGUGGACGAGCUGAAGGAGGAGAAUGAAAGGCUGGAAGCAAAGAUCAAACUGCUCACCAAGGAGCUAGGCACCCUGAAGGAUUUGUUCCUUGAGCAUGCACAUAGUUUCUCUGAUAACGGGCACCCCUCGUUCACUGAAGAUUCUGGGCAGGAGCCGAGCAAUGGAGGGCAAUGAGCAAUGUCACAGCCGGAGAAGUGUUACAUUGAGGGGCUUUUACCUUGAACUCUCGAGGGUUUCAUUGCACAUGAUCCUGCUGCUGAUGAGCUUCAAGAGGUCUUGUGUGGAAGCAGCUGAACAGACUGUACCCAAACUGAGAGCAUGCUCAACACUGACAGAUAGCACCAGCACUCGUCACUCUCGCAGCUGCCCAAUGUCCUUCC